UCUCCGACCCGCCGCCGCCGCUCAGCGGCGCGCCAACGCAGCCAUGCGGCCCGCGGCGGCCCUGCUUGCCCUCCUGGCGGCCACCGCCAGCGCGACGCGCACGGCGCAGGCCCGCCUGCGAGCGCCCGACGCCGCGGCCGCGGGCGCCGAGGAGAUGCCGCACAAGGGCCCCGAGUUCAACUACACCGAGUACGACGAAAACUGGGGAGAGGAGUACGAGGCGGGCCAUUACCCCCGCUGGGAGCAGACGAAGUCUGACACUUGGCGCUACGACGACACCAAGGCCUACCGGGACGAGCAGAGCGACGGCAAGCCGAGCCCGGGAGGGAAGAGCAGAAAGCUCACGUUGGCGCUAACACACGUUCUGAGGAUCAUCGACAUGAUCUUCGACAGGAUCAUCGACAGGAUCAUCCUCCCUCCUCCUCCCCUCGAGGUUUUGAGGUCUUCGUAUUUGGAGUUCGAGGUUGUCGGGCGUUUUCGUCGGUUGUCGCCGGUUUUUUAGCCUCGGGGUGCUCUCCAGCAGCUGCGCCUCACCGAGAGCGUUCGGGGGGUACCGGGAUCGUCCCGAACGGCCGCAGGAGAUCAGAGUCAUGUUCUGAAAACCAGAGGGCAUCGUUAGGGGGGGACAGGC